AUGGGGAGGGUAGCUCCAGCCCUCCUGGUACUACUCAGUCUGACAAUGACUAUUUGUGAUGCUGAGGACACCUGCUCGGAGGUGAGAAUAGUGGGACUGGGUGAUGCUGACCGACUCGCCAUUCUCCAAGGAUGCCCAGGUAUCCCAGGUGUGUCUGGCCCAAAGGGAGAACCAGGUCUCCCAGGAAAAAAAGGAGAAAUGGGAGAUCAGGGAUUCCCCGGGAAAGCAGGACCACCUGGUGCAAAAGGAACAGUUGGAGAGCCUGGCUUCCCAGGACUGAAAGGAACAAAAGGAGAGCCUGGAUUUCCAGAAAUAUGGGAACCCAGGAAUUGCAAAGAACUGUUGGGCAAAGGGAAGAUCUUGAGUGGCUGGUACACCAUCUACCCCCAAGGCUGCAAUGCCACAGCUGUCUUCUGCGACAUGGACACAGAUGGUGGGGGAUGGAUUGUUUUCCAGAGGCGCUGGGAUGGGUCAGUGAAAUUCUUACGAGACUGGGAUUCAUACAAACGAGGCUUUGGCAAUCAGCUGACAGAAUUCUGGAUGGGGAAUGACAACAUCCACUUCCUCACCUCGCUGGGACCCUGUGAACUCCGCGUUGACCUGAGAGACUUUGAGAACAACUACUAUUUUGCCAAGUACGCUUCGUUCAGAGUUUUGGGAGAGUCUGAGAAAUACAGACUAGUUCUAGGGGACUUCCUUGGUGGAAAUGCCGGAGACUCUUUAUCAUACCACAGGGACAUGCCAUUUUCAACAACAGAUCAGGACAAUGACAUGAGCUCCUUUAACUGUGCCACAGAAUACAAAGGAGCGUGGUGGUACAAUGACUGUCAUUACUCAAACCUGAAUGGGAUGUACUGGAUGGGUGUGCAUGGGAGCUACGCUGAUGGUAUCAACUGGAAGACGGGCAAAGAAUACCACUACUCCUACAAGCGAACAGAAAUGAAAUUCAGGCCAGUCUAAUAUGGUGAGAGGGUACCUGACUAGCACCAAGAGGUGCCACUCACCAGCCAAGAGAAGACAGAAAACAUAAAGUCGGAGGACAAAAAUA